AUGUCGUCAUCCGGUGUUCAGAUUCCGUUGAAAUCAACAACCAACUCCACUAUCUCCUCCGCGAGUGUGACCAAACCUACCCCUAACACCGCUGCAUGUUCCGUUCUCCCCACCGGCGUUAAUAGGGAAGCCACUAUCUCCUACGGUGACAAGGGAAAAGUCGCGUCAGUGGUUGCUUGGUUUGAGUGCAUAGCCACUAUCGAUGAUGUUGUGCACGGUUCUGGGUGGUAUUACAUAGGCUGUGGUGUUUGUCAUACAAAGGCAGUCAAAGGGGCUACUACACUUAUGUGUAAAAAAUGUGGGAAGAGUGAAAUUGUUGGUGUGCCACAGUACCUCUCGAAAAUCUCUGUCUACGACCACAGUGAACAUGCCGUAUUUGUUCUCCUGGGUGAUGCUGGGCAGGAGUUGACUGGGAAGAAAGCUUCUGAGUUAGUUGAAAGCUACUACGAGGCAAACGAGAGCGUCGGAGACGAUGUCUUAGUUCCUGUGCCCCAAGCUCUGGUUGGUACUAUUGGCCAGACAAGGAAAUUUAUUGUUAAGGUCUCAACCAACAAUUUGACCGGCCAAACUAGAGUUCUAACUGUCACAAAAGUGCUCCCUCUUGAAGUUGCAGAAGUUGAAGGAGGCUUAGGAGAAAAUGUGGAUCAUGGAGCUGAGGAUGGUAAGGAGGAUCCUCCAGCUGAGGCGGUGAAAAGGAUGUCGGAUGGGGUUGAAUCGGCUGGGGUGAAGCGUGCCAAAUGUGGCUAA